GAGAGCUAGAUAGAGUGGGAAAACAAAGGGAAGGAAAAUGGGAUUUGGUGGUAUUCGGCUGUGCUUGUCUCUCUUGCUGGCUUUUGCUAUAGUCUCUUCUGCUUCCAGGAGCACCAUUCAUCCAUUUCCAGUUUCAGUUUCAGAUAAUGAUGAGAUGGUGAUGACGAUGGAGAGGAGGUCUUUGAUGGCGAGCCUAAACGACUACGAUGACCCGACUGCGAACCGCGGGCAUGAUCCGCCGUCUGUCUCCAAGGCCAAGGCCAAGCCCGGCAAAGUCGGUGGCCGGAAGGGCUAGCUCAAUAAACGGCAUGCUUAAUAAGUUUUUGCUUAAUUCUAGGGUCUUGUGUUAAGUUAUUGGUAUAAUCUCAUGCUUAAUUUUUGGGUUCUUGCGUUUUGCAUUGUAUUGAUCUGUACGUGUGGUUAUUUAUUUAUUUUAUUUUUUUGGAGAAAACGUGUGGUUACUUAUUGUGUAAUAUAUACUUGGAUAUGAAGUAAUAACCACUUGCUUAAUAAUUAUGGUAGAGGAGCUAGGCCUCGAUCGGACUUAAUCGGUCUUGAUCGAUUUGCAAUAGAGCAUAGUUAAUUAUGUU